AUGGCGCAGUGCAGGCGUAGAGUGGAGCGAGGCGGGGUCCACGCGCUGGGGGAAUACGCGUCUACGCUGUCGUACUUGUCUUCGCCCUUGCACGGAGACCAGGCGGAGAUGAAAGAUGAGCAUGGCAGCACCCUUCGAAGGUGUGAGUCGUCAUGUUCGCCUGUCUGUCUGCACGCGCCUGACGUGGCGCGCGGGGCGGAAGCUGAAAUCGAGGGAAACUCGAGUGGAUUGGCGGCAAUAUCCCCCGUUUUCCACGGUCUCGACAGACUGCGCGAGCAGGCCUCUUCGCGUCUUUCCUGGCGCGGGCCGGACGUGGCGGAGGCAUGCAGCAGGCACGCAGCGCCUCUGCCGCGGCGGUGUAGCUCGCCGUUGCCCAACAGAGAGUGGGUGGGCAGUGCGGAGAGGAGUUUUGCCUCUGUGAACGACGCGGCGUCGGCGCCCGGCACCGAGGACGAUGCACAUGCGAGGAGGGGGCACGCACACGCAGAGACACGAUGUGCUGCGGCUGCGACUGCAGCCAGCAAGAAGGGACAUGUGUCUUCGUGUUCGUCCCCAGCGGAAGGAGCGCUGAGCGACGCGUUUGCGGCUGAUGGGCCGUCCUCCUCCGUCUGUCCGCAGGCAACAGGCCGGGAAACGGGCCCGCGCCGAGAGCGUGAGGCGGUGGCUGUAGCGCUGGCCACAAGUCCGAAUGUCUCUGCCGAGGGCCGCGCUUCCUGCGAGACAACGGACACGCAGUCUCUCCAGUUGCGUUCUGACGCGCGCGACCGAGGGUCUAUUGCGGUGCCGAUCUCUUCCGGUGCUGCGCGAAACGCGUUCCCACACUCGGUUCCCUCCAGUCGGUCGUCAUGGGAAGACCGCAGCGAGGCUGCCCGGGGCGUCGCGGCGGCCGAAGAACCCCCGUCAUCCCCGCCGCAUUCGUGGCUCGUCUCGCAGUUUCCUGCGGCCGCCCGCGCCCGCCACCCCCCCCGCAGCGCCUGUUCGCUGCCGGCGUCUGGCGUGCCGAGUCCGCGGGGCAGCCGUCUCUCCGUGCGCAGCGAGGAGGCCAGGGCGAGCGACGCGGGGACGGGCGUCGUCCGCGCCUCCUCCUCGCGCCCGAUACCCCCGGCGCCCUUUGCAGACGUGGAGGAGGACAGUCAAACGAAGACGGCCACUGCGUGGGGCCCGCCUCGCCAGGGAUCGCCCGACACGCCCUGCGCGAUGAGUUCGGUCUCCCCCUCCGUGUGCAGCCCGGACGCUGUCGCGGAGCGAGCUGGAGCGCAGGAGGGGGUCGUCGGGGCGGGCCCUGGUGCGUGCGGUCGGCGCUCGCCGCCGGAGGCGCCGGUCUCCUCUCCGUCUCCGCUGCUGCAGGAGGACGCCUGUGCGUCGUGGGGCAAGGCGGGGACAGGGCGUGGCGACGAAGCGACCGCCUGCGACGUGAGCCUCUCGAAGUCGAUGUCGUCUUCGUUCGUGCCCGAGCAGGCAGAGAGCGGCUCGGGGUUCCGUGCUGCUCAACCCCCUGAAGGCAACGUAUGCUGGUCGCCUCUGGAGGUGGGCGUGCAGGACGCCGCGGACGCGGACGGCUCGGAGGCGUCCUCGCCGCCUUCGUCGCCGGUGUUUGCUCUCUCGGCGCCGGCGGGCCGCCCGCGACUCAUCCUGUUGGACCUUGACAAUACGCUGAUUCCCACGUCGUGGAUCAUGGCGCAGUGGUGCGCGAAGCACUGCACCCUCGGCCCGUUGGAGACGGUCGCGGCGAUUCGAGAGACGCUGUACGAGGCCAAAUUUUUCCAGGUUCUAGAAGACUUCUUCGCCAGUCUGAGCAGCGCGCGGCACCAAGAAGUCGCGUUCAGCCAGGUCGUCAUCGUCACAAACGCAGGGACCCGAACCGUGGAGAACUUCUACCUCCAAUUCUGCCUCCCGGAACUAGGCGAACUCUGCGCCCGCGAACGCGUCUACAUCCACUCCACAGAACACGUAGUCAAGCGGCUUGGACCCAUCCCCCCCAUCACGGACGAAGAGGCCUACAGAGAGUUCUACACGACAACCAAGUACCACGAGUUCGACUUUGUCCUCCAGCGCUACCUCCACGGACUCCGUCGGGUGCGCCGGGAGCAUCUGGCUGCUCUGCGGCGCGCGCCCCGCGCCGGAACGCGGCGCAACGAGGUGUCUCCGAGCGACGGCGCCUCGGUCGGAAGCCUCGCGGAGGAUGGGGACUCGCCCUGCGCGUCUCUCUCGGGAGUCUGUGAGGGACCGCAGCCGUGCAGCACGGCGGUGUCUGACGCGUCGUCUGCGGGCGACGAGGGCGAGGCGACAGGGUCGUCCUCGGGAGAGGACGGCGAGAGGACGGGGGGCGAAGCGGGGGGUGUCUCCACAGGGGCGCACGAGGGGGGGGCGGGUGCUGCGCCGGGAUCUCUGCUGCACUGGCCUUCGGAAUGGCGCUUCGAUCUCGUGAGCGCGGGCGACCAGGCGUGCGAGAUCAUGGCGGCAUGUCGCGUCGCGCACCAAGCAGGCGCAGACAUCCACCUCACCAAGUUGCUCUAUCUGAAUGACCCCGAAGACCCACGGUACCUGGCGCAGACGCCGGAACGCUUCGUGGCGCAGCUCGUCGACUUCCAGGCGUCGCUGCUGCGGCUCCUGGAGGAGACCGAGGAGACGCUCGACGCACAGGGCCAGCCCGAGUGGCGCAAGACGGGGCUCUUCUCGUCGGCGGCGGUCUCCGCGCCCUCGCGCUUCUUCGUGCCGCCCGCUCAUUGCCUCGACGCCCAUCUGCAGUAUGUCUUCACGUCUGCUGAGGAGGAGGAAGACGCCGAACCUGCCGCGUGCGAGCGACGCAGGAAGGAGCGACGGCGACGACGCGCCACGCGCAAGGCGUCUGCGAGGGAGGCGCACACUCGAGGACAGAAGAAGCGGAAAGACCGACACGCCCUCGACAGCAGGUCGGCGGGUGCCUCGUGCGCCACCGAAGGAGCACUGGCCUCAGCGGCCACCCUCGAAGCCGCAGGCAAGCGACGCAGCUGCCAGCGGUUGAGCGAAGGUGACGGCCGCCAGCGAGCCCUGGAGACGUCUCUCGGGCGCUCUCUGUGCAGAUCAAAGCCCUUCAAUCCUGUCGCCAGUUCCGCAGAGUACGCGCGCCGCGCGUAUCCGCUGCGGCUCGAAGGCGGGCCCAACGGCGGCGAGGGCGAGGCACCGGGGCGAACGGAGGCUGGCGGAGAGAGUCUUCCGCGCCAAGGCAAGUCUGCGGCGAAUGUCCAGGCGGUCGCGUCGCCCACCGACGCCACGACGACGGGAUGUGGCGGCGACGACGAAGAUCGAGAGAGCGUGGGGAGAGACGAAGAUGCGUUCUUGCUUGCGGACGAGGAAGUUGCGAUGACCGACCCGGACGACGCCUGCGACGAGGAGACGACGGUGGAUGAUGUGGCGCAGAGUCGGGGCGAAGAGCGAGAUAGCGACGCGGCGUUCCUCCACGACGCAGAGGCGAUGGCCGUAGAUGCUGAACACGCUGUCUGCAUGCAGGAAGACAUACUGGCUGCGGCAAGCGCCCCAGAGGCCUGUCUUUCAAAAAGCAAGGGGUCGUCGGGCUUGCAUGUGUCGGUCUCGGCGUGUGCAACGCCUCGCGAUGUCUUGCGGGCCUCCACGUGCGCCGUGGCGGUCUCGUCUCCGCGCAGCAAGAGCCUCGAACGAGUCGUCGCAAGCUUCAGCCGCUCGCCCUCCUGGUCGCCGUCGUGCAGCUGA